GACAGAGUCAACAACAUGGAGUCUUCGCCUCCGAGGAGCAGUAUAGCUGCUCCUGUGGCAGGUAUCAAGCGUCCGGCCUCCCUCUUGCCUGCUUUCGAGCCAUUGAGCUCCUCCCCGUCACUGCCUCGCCCUCAGAAGCGUGUAGCACGCGAUGAACAUGGCAUCGUGUCCACCUAUCCUACUCCGGUCCCGACCUCGUCGACCCAUAUCAUGUCCUCCUCGCCUCCUCGAAUGGCUCUGCCGCGUCCGGCUUCUCGACGCACGUUGACUGCCACCUCCGAGAGAACCCCUCUGUCCACAGUCCCUGAAUUGAUGCUGCCCGAGAGUGGGGAACCAGUUUUGAUGGGUAGAUCCAGUGCCUCGUGCCACCACCAACUCGCUGCCAACCGGAUGAUUUCGAGAGUGCACGUCAAGGCCCGGUACAAGCCAGCCCCCAACCCAUUCGACCGUGAUACCGUGGAGAUUAUGUGCCUGGGUUGGAAUGGAAUCAAGCUGCACUGCCAGGGGAAAACAUACGACUUGGGCAAGGGCAAGACUUUCACCUCGGAUAUCAAGGACGCUGACAUCAUGAUUGAUGUCCACGAGGCUCGUGUGCUCGUUCAAUGGCCUCGAAACGACAAGAAGGACUACACCUCCACCGAUUCCGAACAGACCUGGGAGGAGGAAGAAGCCACGCCCAAACAACGCAAGGGACAAUCGAUGCGGAGUAUUCAUGACAGCCCUGAGGUCGACCGCCAACGCCUGGCCUCCCCGGUCUCGCCCUCGCCUGCCGUCAAGUCUCUGGUGCCGCCGUCUUCCCCUCUGUAUACCCCGACACGCGCGCGGAACGCUGUGGUUGUGUACGAAGAUGAGGGCUCUCCUGUUCGCCGACCUGUAUCUGCAGGAUCAAUGCUGGCCGCUACGCAAACCUCUUCGUCCAGUGUAGAGGACUUGCUGCAGAGCUCCCAGUCGAGUGACUUGAGUGAAUUGAGUAGACAUGAAGACUUCUCGGAUCAUGAUGAGGAGAAUGACCCUAUCAUUCAUUCCUUCGGGCCCUUUGGCGAGAAUCUCCUACCACGGAUGGCCUCCUUCACUGCAGACGAGUCCCCACUGCGGCCUGCUCGUCCCCGCAAUCAGCUCGCGUCCCAGCCCGCUCAACCCGUCAAGGCUACGAGUCAGACAUCAUCCAAGGUGGAAGAGUCCGCUGCGGAUGAGGAUCAGGAUGAUGUCACACCGACCAAGCCCCAGCCUCUUGAUGAAAGCGGUGAACGCGUUCAGAACCACGCUGUCAACCAAUUGGCCUUCUCACGCCUUUCCUCGACUCCGUUCUCUACGAUCCUUAACAACCUUCCUCCAGCUCUGUGGAAGCGGGACAGCCACUCAAGACAGGGACCUACACGAGAGGAGAUUCGAACCAUCCUGGAUACCACCAAGUGCAUUGGCAAGGUCGCUCGUGAGGGAAAGGAUGCAGCAGGCAAGGCUCUCGAGAGUGAAUACUAUUAUAUCCCGGACUUUGAUGAGGACGAUAUGCGACGGGAGGCUGUGGUUCAUGACCUCAGAAAACCUGGCCUGCGCAACUGCCGCAAGCAGCACAAACAAUACUUCUGGCGCAAGCCGAAAUAAAUAAGAAAGAAUCAUAUAUCAUUCAAGAAUACUUUUCCUUCCUGGCAUUUCCUGGUACAUAUUUUGCUACGCUUGACUCUUUCCUCCCCCCCCUACCACCACACCCUUUUGAUUUGAUUUCUGCACAAGGACUCGCAUAGCGUCGGCGUGGGCAUACCCUGUUUAUUUUAUGUUUGAUGAAGGUGUAUGAUGACGGCGGAUUUAUUUGUGUUUUAUUGUAUCUCCUUUGUUUUUGUUUGGUGAUGUGUGUGUGUGUGUGUGUAUGUGGAUGCUGAUGUCGACUCAUGGAUUCUCAGGCCGUGCGUGGGAUGUUUGUACUGGUCUGUUGGUUGCCUGAACAUCCUCCUGCAACGUUUUCCUUUGCUGCUGAGCUCUUGGUUCGAUCUUUUUCUCAUCCAGAAACCUCAUACUAUCAUCUGAUGACUUGUACGUUAUAUUGAAAGAUUCUCAGGGAACAAAAGCUUAGUUG